UAUACCCACACGUCGACUCGUGUGCGUGUGUUGCUUAUUCUCAAUCGUUUCCUCAAUUGAAUCUUUUGUUUCUUUCUUCCUUUUAGUGUGGCUGGCCUCUGUCUCCAACCAACCGUAAAUGCUCUUAGUCUAUGCGAGUUGUACGCGGGAAAAAAAAGCGGUCCAUUGAUGCUCUUCGACCUCUGCUGAGAACAGAACGAAUUGCCUCAUGAGAUCUUAUAUCUUCCAGCGGUAAAGACAUUCCAUAAUCUUUUGUAUUGAUAACUGGCUCGGGCUUGUUCCGAACUGAGCGUUACCUUAGUGAGCUGUCAUCUCAAGCUCUCCGACUCGCUCCUUUUUUUUGGCCUCGUCUCGCCGAUCCUCCGACUUCCCCCCAUCGCCCAAAACUCCUACCGCCGGCUCUAUCGACGGCCCAGGCCCGCGAGUCGACGAUACGUUCACUUCACUCUGUAUUUAUCCCUCUUUCACGAGCGCCGAUUAGUUACUACCGACGAUCGUAACCUACAAGGAAGUGCGCACGUAGGAGUACCCGGUACCCUUUAUUGUCGGUAACCCGCGUCACUACCUGCCUAGGUAGCCAUUCGUUUGCCCAUCCCCAGUCAAGGCCGCUUCGGUUGUUGUGCGGGGCCCAUCUUUAAUGGAAGACCAGCCUAUGACGGGAGACUCAGAACAUAAUUAUUCAUCUCCAGCUCUUGGGACUCGGUCAAAUCCAACAAAUCUUGGACCUAAUUCUUUCACACACACCAAUUUAGAGCAGGUUUCGACCUUCUUACCGCGCCAGGCACCAAUCUACAUUGAUUCCCGCCGCUACUACAAGCAGCUCGCCGAAGAACAGCGCAUCAGAGAAGAACUCGUCAGAGAGUGGCACCUUAAGACACAGCAUCUUCUUCAUUACGAUACGAACAUCGUGCCGCGUCGAGGUGGUCAGACCACGUCUCCGAAGUCCGCACUUCCGGCUCAGAACGUCCAGGGCGGACCUAGAACUCGCUCAGCAUCCAAAGUGUCGAACAAGAAAGGUGGUGCUAGGCAGGCCUCCCCGAGCUGCCAUGCUUCUGGAGGCAACCACAACAAGACCAGAGAAGCCGAUCGCGAGCUUAUAACAGGCAAGAAUACGCCGUCCAAAAUGCAAAAUAGGAAGCCCGACUUCCGCCAGCAGCUUCCCCCGAAGCCGAAGCAGUCUGGUUCGCCUUCAAAUUUACCCCCUCACCCGAAUUCUGUUCCGUCAACCCCCCAACAACAUGCGCGCAAAUUUUCCUUCGAGUCGAGAGAUCAUUCCCCUAAUGCCAACACGUCCCAUUCCCCGAGAUCCGCAUAUUCCGAGGCCAACGGUGCGGUUCCUUCUUUACGACCUCUACCCCCGCGACAAGGUGUUUGCAAAUUCGAGACAGGUCUUAAGCAUUCCCGUCGAAGAAUGCCUUAUAGCUCAGACGAGAUGUUGGAGAAGGUAGACUUACAGACUAUCAAGAGCAAACUUUCUGAAGAGGAUGAGCGAAAGCUAUCUACAGACAUGCGCGAACUUUACGACCGGUUACAACCGACAGGGGAAGUAGAGGAAAAAAGACAAAAGCUAGUGCAGAAGUUAGAGAAGUUGCUUAAUGAUGCUUGGCCUGGGCAUGAUAUCCGUGUACAUCUUUUUGGGUCCUCAGGGAACUUGUUAUGCUCGGAUGACUCUGAUGUGGAUAUAUGCAUCGUGACACCGUGGAAAGAGCUCGAGGGUGUUUGCAUGCUUGCGGAGUUACUCGCUAAGCGUGGAAUGGAGAAAGUCGUCUGCGUGUCUUCGGCUAAGGUUCCGAUCGUCAAGAUUUGGGAUCCCGAGUUGAAGUUAUCUUGCGAUAUGAACGUUAAUAAUACGUUGGCCCUUGAAAAUACGCGUAUGAUUAAGACAUACGUCCAAAUUGAUGAACGAGUACGGCCGCUGGCUAUGAUCAUUAAGUAUUGGACGAGACGGAGAAAGAUCAACGAUGCUGCGUAUGGCGGAACAUUGAGUUCUUACACCUGGAUAUGCAUGAUCAUCGCGUUUUUACAACUACGCCAACCCCCCAUAUUGCCUGCGUUACACCAGAGGCCCCACCAGAAGCUCCCCAGGGAGGACGGCGAGAUGGCUUCAUUUGCCGACGACAUAAAUCAACUACGAGGAUUUGGAGACGAAAACAAGUCCUCUUUAGGAGAGUUGUUGUUUCAAUUCUUCCUAUUUUACGCCCACGAAGUUGAUUAUCGUAAAGACGUGUUGUCCGUUCGCUUGGGUAAGAUCAUACCGAAGGAAAACAAGAAUUGGCAUAUGAACAUGACCAAUCAGCUUUGUGUCGAAGAGCCAUUUAAUGUCGGCCGCAAUCUCGGCAAUACUGCUGAUAGUUACGCAUUUCGAGGUAUCCACCUGGAGCUCCGUCGUGCAUUUGACCUAAUUGUACAGGGAAAACUCGAUGAAUGCUGUGAUCAAUACGUAUUUCCUAAAGAGGAGGAGAGAAUCUAUCAAAAACCAGCGCAAACAUCCCGCCCGGCGGUGCUCUUGCGAUCAGCCUCGCACCAACAGUCGAACCGGGGGAGUCGAGGCGGCUCAUAUCGCAAUGGUAACCGCCAAGGACAGCACAGGAAUAAUGGUAAUAACAACAGCAACAACAACAGUCGAAGGGCUUCAUCCAGCAUACAAUACGACAAUAACGGGAACGCAAUGGUUUUCCCCGAAUAUCAGGUGGCUAUGACGCCCCAGGGGCAGUUUAUAUACGUGCAAGACCCGAAUAUAAUGCAAGCGUUUAGCGCUUUGGCCAUGCAGCAGAAUAAUAUUAACUUUCUCCAGUAUGCCCAGAAUGCAGGAUUUAACGUACCGCCUACUCAGAUGAUGCAGGGCAAUGCUUCACAAACACAACCAUCAUCGGCGGAGCGUUCCCGUACCAACUCGUUCGACACUCCGCCAUUAAGCGCUCCGUUGCGUCCAGACGUACGAACGGAAAUGUAUAAUAAUUACCAUCAAGCUUACCUUCACAAUCUUCAGACCUUCUAUCUGCAACAACAGGGCUACAUGUACCCACCCUCGCCAUCAACCAAUCAUACCGGCGAUUUCCGACGCAGCUCUCAUCGAACCACAAAUGGUAGCGAUUCAGGUCACAGUUUGUCCGGAAGCACUAUGAGAUCCCAGUCGCAGCCAGCAUCACGAACCGCUCCCGGCGUGCCAACUGCUCAGGGCAUAACUGGGGCUAAUCAGAUACCCACCGGAAUGACUAGUAUUCCUGCGAGACACGUUAAUGGAGCCCCCAUGCCUAGCUUUAUUCCAGACGAGGCACAUGAUAAUGAACAGAAUGGUUCUACGGCAACCACUCCACCUGAGGAAGAGAGGAGUUAUAGCUACUACGCCGACCCUUCAAGUCCACCUCGGCGGACAAGCGUUCCGACUAGUAACAUACCGGCUUUCGGUGAUAUCAAUACCCAAGCCCCUAACCAGAGCAGAGGGCGACUGUCUUCUGAUCAACUCCCCCAGUCAAUACUGGAUAGGAUCAAGCAGAACUCCCGUUCUCCUUCACCAAUGGGCCACAAUAGAGGUUACUCUAUGGGUCGAGGUUCAGCCCCUCUCGCUUCUGCGCCUUUCCCAGCGGGUAAUGGAUCGCAGGCUCGUGAUACCACACCGUUAGUCGUCAAUGGUUCUAUGUCCAAGUUAUCGAACGGUAAUUCGCCACGUCAACCUACCCAGGGUGAGAUCCCAGUAGGCCAGUACGCUGGCUAUGACAACCCGCUCCAUAUCAAUCAACGACUCGAUGCCAGUAGCUCUAUCGUCACUGAGACGCCAUUCACUAAUCAUUCAACACCCGGAAAAGGAAAUUCGCCAACAUCAGAUAGACCAGUGGUUGUUAAUGGUUCUUCGAACGCUGGCACUUUUAUCAAUAACCAAUUGCAUGGAUCCCAAUUUUCUCACGAUGUGGGUAUGGCCCCCUCAGGUUACCAACAAGUUGCAGUUGGCCAUGAUGUCAACGGCAAUCUAGCGGGGGCUUACCCAAAUUCUUUCCAACGGUAUCGUCCGCUGCCGGGCCAACUGGUUGCCCUCGAUCUCGAAACAGGAAAUCAUGUUCAGUCGUCUGAGUUCCCCCAUCUUUCGCUUUCGCCCGUAUACGAGGCCAACAGCCCAUCUCCGAAUCUCACUCGAAGGCCGGACAUACCCUUUGAGCAGCCAGCGCCAGCGUUUUCAGUCCCGCCAUACAAUCACCCCGGACUUAAGGCCGAGUCGACGAAAGGAAAACAAAAAUCAUCGAUUGAGGCGUCUUCAUCUAGACAUGAAGGCUUCGCGCCCUCGAAUCCAAGGGUUAAUGGUUUAGCUCGAGAGAACGGGCACACUCGCGGUGCUAAGAGCGAGAGCGAUAACACCGGAAAUAGAUGGCAAAAAAUGAGUCGAGGUAAAAAGAAGGCCGAUGAUUCAAAGCCACGAGGCGAUGCUUAUCCGCAGAGCGAGCAAUUACCGAAAAACGACUCGGAGAGAAAGGGGGGCUGAACCAUAAAUCCUGACGGACUUUGGAUAUACACCCAAAUGGCGAGUUGGCGGAUAUACAUCGUCUCAAUAUGAAUCUCUAAUCCGAGACGCCUGGUGCUAUAUUGGACAUGAUUGAAGGCCUGGUUUAUCUCCACAUGUGGAUAAUAUUUUCCGCCAGGUCAUACAACGUCUUUGCCUUCUAUCAUUCUGCUCAUCAGGAGGAACGAUAUUGUCUAUACGCAACUUUAUAUGGCCACAGAGUUACAGAUAGGACAGACGUAUCCUUGAGCUCAGCAUUCUCAAGUGAUUUCGGGAAUCAGAUCAGACAGGUAUAGAUGGAAGGGUGGAUACGAUAAUUAUAUGUGCAACGCUGGAUUGGUGGGGCGAUGUUGGCUAACC